AUGAAAGAAGAUCUCACACAACGAUGGAGCUCCCUGAAACUUACAGAAGCAGAACAGCAGGAGCUAUUCUUACCAGAUGAAGACAUACUAUCUUCCAAUCCGAGAGGCAACUUGUGCCUCCUUGCCUCUAUACUAAAUGACAGAACAUUGAACCGAGAAGCAUUCAAAAACACAAUGGCUAAGGUAUGGAAUACUUCCGGUUGGCUAACUUUCAAAGAAUUUUGUCCCAACAAGUUCUUACUGGAGUUCCAACUUUUGUCCGACAAAAAGAAAGUACUUCAUGGAAGGCCCUGGUCCUUCGACUGUCACCGUAUAUGCCUUAAGGAGUUCGAGAGUGACUUGUCUCCCAUCGAAGUGCAAUUCAACUUGGAGCCUUUCUGGGUACAAGCCCACAACCUCCCCUUCGUAGGCAUGAACAGACAAUUGGGGGAAAGGAUAGGGGAAGCAAUUGGCAAGGUCCAUACGGUGGAAGUAGACGAUCAGGGACAUGGGUGGGGGAGUUUCCUAAGAAUCAAAGUAGACGUGGAUGUCACCAAGCCACUGGUGCAUGGUCGGAUGGUUAACUUAGGAGGUAAACAAUCUCGGUCACAUUUCAAAUAUGAACGCCUACCCAAUUUCUGUUUCAAAUGUGGUUUACUCAAACAUGUAAAUGGCAAAUGUCCCAACUUUGGUCUGACUAACCAAUCCCAAGACCAGUACAGGCAAUGGAUGAGAGCUCCCAACUCCUUCCCACCUCAAGUUCCUGUGAAGAAAUAUGGAGGGACACCGGAGUACUCAUCUCAGGGAUCACCUCCUUGA